UGUACGCUUUUCGAUGAUUUUCAGUAUAUUUUUCAAUAGGAUCCGUCAGUCAUCUAUGAGGUUCACUCCACGAACCACUGAGCUUCUAUCAUCCAGUCACUACGUGAACGUCUCGUUUUCAAGUCCAAGCCAAAGUUGGUAGGUUCGCCUGGCCCAUUGGAAAUUGGCCAAAGCAGUCCAUGUCGUUUUGGGCAUUUUGUACCACUCGGUUUGCCAGGAGCAAACAACCCGAACCAAAACACUCUUUUCUUCUUCUUCCAACAUUUGUCAUUCACCACCAUGUUCCUGUGCCGAGAAAAUAAGAAACCUAUUCACAGGAAACUGGUUGUCUUAGGCGACGGCGCCUGUGGAAAGACUUCGCUUUUAAACGUUUUUACUAGAGGGUAUUUUCCUCAGUUAUAUGAACCAACUGUGUUUGAAAACUAUGUUCAAGAAUUGAGCAUUGACGGCCAGGAAGUUCAACUAUCCUUAUGGGAUACUGCAGGACAAGAGGAGUUUGACCGACUCCGCACAUUAUCCUACGCCGACACAGACGUAGUGAUGCUAUGCUUCGCAAUCGAUAAUCGUGACAGCUUGGAGAACAUCAUGUAUCGGUGGUUAGAAGAACUAGGGGACCACUGUCCGGAAGUGAAAAUCAUCUUGGUGGCAUUGAAAUGCGACCUUCGUGACGACGAGGCCACCAUAGCCAGUUUGCAACAGCAGAAUAUCCACCCUGUCUUAUACGAAGAGGGUCUUGCUACAGCACGAAGUAUCAACGCUGUGCGCUAUUUGGAGUGCUCCGCAAAGCACAACCGAGGUGUGAACGAAUGCUUUGAGCAGGCAGCCAGAGUCGCCAUGUCUGUGAAAACAAAAGGCGCAGCUGAGAGCCGAAGAAGCGAAGGGUGCAUCAUUUUGUAAACCCAACUUCAUAUUACCUUUACAUACCUUCCCUUGUCUUAGCAGUACUCAGCAUUAGAUAUACCCUUUCCGUCCAUUUCACUUAAUUUGGUAGUCCCCAAUGUACACAUUACGAUAUUGUCUACAGCUUUUUCUAUGCCGAAAUAAAGUAGACCUAGCCGACCAACAGCCGUAAAG